GUGGCUGUUGCUGGCUUCCCUGGCCAUUUUGCUGUGGAGGGAGAAAUGAGGCAGCAGCAGAAGCUGCAGUGACCACAACAGAGGAGGGGGGAAGAGAGACCCAGACUCAGGAGUUGCGGGGGAGGGGUAUUUUGUGCAGCCAAAGGAAUUUUUGUGUGUGGGGGGGGGGGCGUUGAUUUUUUUUUUUUGGGGAGGCCGGGGAAAAGAAGGGGCAAGACCCCACGGGCUAAUUAUCCCCCCACUCUCCAGCGCCACCCCCCCACCCUCUCCUCUUCGGAUCUGUUGGAGCCAUGAGCUGGGGGACAGAGCUGUGGGACCAGUUUGAGAAUUUAGAAAAACACACGCAAUGGGGAAUUGAUGUUCUGGAAAAAUACAUCAAGUUUGUAAAAGAGAGAACGGAGAUUGAAAUCAGCUAUGCAAAACAACUUAGGAACCUUUCAAAGAAAUAUCAACCCAAAAAGAACUCCAAAGAAGAGGAAGAAUACAAGUACACAUCAUGCAAAGCCUUCCUAGCCACACUGAAUGAAAUGAAUGACUAUGCUGGCCAGCAUGAAGUCGUUUCGGAAAACAUGACUUCUCAGAUCACUGCAGAGUUAACCCGCUUUGUGCAAGAGCUGAAACAGGAAAGGAAAUCGCACUUUCAUGAUGGCAGAAAGGCACAACAAAACAUUGAAACUUUCUGGAAACAGCUUGAAGCAAGUAAAAGGCGGUUUGAACGUGAUUGCAAGGAAGCCGAUAGAGCACAGCAAUAUUUUGAGAAAAUGGAUGCUGACAUCAACGUUACGAAAGCAGAUGUUGAAAAGGCAAGACAGCAAGCACAAACACGACAUCAAAUGGCAGAAGACAGCAAAGGAGAAUACUCAUCCAUUCUUCAGAAAUUUAACCACGAGCAACGCGAACAUUAUCACACGCACAUACCAAACAUCUUCCAGAAAAUACAAGAGAUGGAGGAAAGGAGGAUAGUGAGGAUAGGCGAAUGCAUGAAAACCUAUGCAGAAGUGGACCGCCAGGUGAUCCCAAUAAUUGGGAAGUGUCUGGACGGAAUAACGAAGGCAGCAGAAUCAAUUGAUCAUAAAAAUGAUUCACAACUGGUAAUAGAAGCCUUUAAAUCAGGGUUUGAACCACCAGGAGAUAUUGACUUUGAAGACUUCACUCAGCCAAUGAAACGCACUGUCUCGGAAUCCAGCCUUUCAAAUUCCAGAUGGGAUGGAAAAUCUGAGCCCAAGCCUGGCAGCAAAUCCAAAGGCAAAUUGUGGCCAUUCAUCAAGAAAAAUAAGCUUAUGUCCCUUUUAACAUCCCCCCAUCAGCCCCCUCCUCCUCCCCCUGCCUCUGCCUCACCCUCUGCUGUUCCCAACGGCCCCCAGUCUCCCAAGCAGCAAAAGGAACCCCUCUCCCAUCGCUUCAACGAGUUCAUGACCUCCAAACCCAAAAUCCACUGCUUCAGGAGCCUAAAGCGCGGGACUCACUCUUUGUAUUUUCACAAAGAACUCAUGAAGAGGACUUUAGGGAAACCCACGUGUGCCGUUGAGGCUAGGGACUAUGUUCUUUCUCUCAAGCUGAUAACUUUGAAUACGCAGGUCUGGAAUCUAAUAGAGGGGGGAGGACCAGAGGACUUCAGCAAUCUCCCACCUGAGCAAAGAAGAAAGAAACUCCAGCAAAAGGUUGAUGAGCUAAACAAAGACAUUCAGAAGGAGAUGGAUCAAAGAGAUGCCUUAACAAAAAUGAAAGAUGUCUACAUCAAGAACCCGCAGAUGGGAGAUGCAGCCAGUGUGGAUCACAAAUUAGCUGAACUGGGACAAAAUAUGGAAAAGUUGCGACUAGAGGCCCAGAAAUUUGAGGGUUGGCUGGCUGAAGUUGAAGGCAGGCUACCUGUGCGGACUGAACAGACCAGACGGCAGAGUGGAAUGUAUGACACCCAGAACACUUCAGCCGUCAAUAACUGUGCACAGGACCGGGAGAGCAGCCCAGAUGGCAGUUACACAGAGGAGCAAAGUCAGGAGAGUGAAAUGAAGGUGCCAGUGACAGAGUUUGAUGACGAGUUUGAUGACGAAGAACCACUUCCAACCAUAGGAACCUGUAAAGCUCUCUAUACAUUUGAAGGUCAGAAUGAAGGCACAAUUUCAGUAACAGAAGGUGAAAUGCUCUAUGUAAUAGAGGAAGACAAAGGCGAUGGGUGGACGCGAAUCCGGAGGAAUGAAGAUGAGGAAGGUUAUGUCCCAACAUCCUAUGUCGAAGUCUAUUUGGACAAAAAUGCCAAAGGUGCUAUGACUUACAUUUAAUAUCCUUUUUAUUACUUUGCUUGCUUUCACAGGGACAUCCCACCCUGAAACUGUUCUAUGAUGCAGAUGGAGCCUUUUAAAGGACUACAUAAUGCCACAAAGUGCAUUAUUUCAUACUCUUAACUAACAGACUCCUAUGACUUUAUACACUGUGAUUUAGAUUGGUCCGAUAAGAAGAUACUGAGUGGGAUAAAACUGUUACAAUAGGGGGAUACCCAGCCUUCUCUGGCUGAGCCAGCCUUCCGUGGAUAGAGCUCAGUUCCUGCCAAUAUACCACCCAGUUCAAGGUGGGGAAUAUAAGGCCAUUCUGAGUAACUGUGUGUCUUCUCUAGCUAUCCAGCUGAUACUUCAUAGUGACAUUUCAGCCAUAGUCAGGAGUAUGCUAUUUGUUGCAAACUGACUCUGUGAAAUGUUAUACGUGAAAUGUUAUACAUGAAAUAAUUAGGGUGCUGUUUGUCUUUCAAUGUGGCAGCUUUUCAGAGCCUAAUCUACUCUCUGUGGGCCAUGUAAAUGGAGGCAAGGAUCAUCAUUUAGUUUGUUAGUAUUUAUGGGAAGGAGAAGCGUGUCUAUCAAAAAUGUAACCACAAAAUACCCUACCAUCCUUGGUAGAUCAAGAGAAUGGUGGUGUUCACUCGAAUUCCCCUCUCCAUCGUUGCAGUUCAGAAAAUUCUCUUUCAGGCAUAUGUUGUUACUACCGAUGCACGGCACAGUUAGCUAUUUCAUCCUCUGCUCCACGUACAAUCAAUGGAAUAUUUCAGAGCCUGGAUUCAUGCCUUUUAUUGUUCUGUUUCCCUUGUCGCUAUUUACCCCUCAUGACUGAGGGUCUGUGUUGUGUAAGUGAAAAGCAUGUGCAUGUAAUCAGGGUAUGUGUCUGCUGCUCCUUGCAAGUAUCUCCCUGCUGAUCGAGUCCAGUGAGCAAACAAAGAGGUUCCAUCGCUGCGGGAGUGACAUCCUGUUUCAAGUCAGGAAGAUUUUGAAGUUCACUGUUAAAUAGUGCAUGGAUUUUUCAGUCAUUUAAUCCUGCAAGUUGUCAUCUUCUUUCAUAGAGUCUAAGCAUUCUCUGUGCACCAAGUCUUUUUGUCCCUUUUAAAAGGGAGAUGUAACUGUCAUGCUGGACUUCAGGCAAUAGAAAUAGAGACGCUUCCUGCACAAAAUCACACAACUUUAUUAAUUCACUUUUCUUUGGUUCAGUAUUAAGCAAUGUAGUACCAUGCAUGUCCUUUUGAAAUGACAGCCUGGAUUAUUGUUUGAUCUUGCCAUAAUCCAGAGGUCUUCUGUUUGCACUGGCAAAGAUAGGAUCAGUUGGAUCCCUUUCUUCGCCAAGAUAGUCUGUGCGGAAAACUCAGCAUCCUGGAUGUUCUCAUUACCCUUGUAAAGUGGUAUACAACUGAAUGAAAGUACUGCCUAUUCCAUAUACAGGGAAGGGCAGAAAGCUCAGCAUCAGAUAUUCCAUCAUUACCCUUGUGCUGUCUGGUAUGGAGACUACCUGCAAGCAGUGCCUGCUCCAUGCACAGUGGUCGUUGCAAGUCCAGGCUUAAUUUUUGCAAAAUUCCCUGUUGUCCAACAGGGCCAACAGAAACUGAUAGGUUACUACAUUUAAAAAACCCACCUUGAAAUAACAAUUGUUCACCCCUCCCCUUGAAUACUCUGGCAUGCGUAGACAUCAGCAGAGCAGUUUGUGAAGUCAGCUGCUCAGGAGCAGAGCAGCAGGCUUGGUGGGAUAUGCCUCAGAGCAUAACUAUGUGUCUAAGGGCAGGGUGAAACACCUAUAUUGACUGAAACCAGCAAAAGCAAGAACCUUGUUAAUAAAGGCUGCCACUUUGUCUUUAGCUCACCCCAAUGUAUGAGGCUAUUGAAGGGAUCCCCCGGUCCUACGACACAGUUGGCACCUAGCAAAGGAUCUAGUACACUGGUGGCAUUGUGCAAAUAGUAAUAAUAACCCUGUAUCAUCUUGCAUAUCAUAUGUGCAGUGUGCUACACAGGAAUUAGCCUGUGGCCAUUUGUUUGACUCAAAUUUUUUAACUUUCCUUGUUUUUUUUUUCUAAUGAUCUUUGAGUGUUUUCUGUAAAGAAAAUAGACAUGCAGUUUCAAUAAAUAAACAGUACAAAGUGAUGUGCAGAUAAACAAGCUGUAAUAUGCAGUAAAAGUACAAUUUAAGGCCCAUAUCCUCAGAGACAUUUAAGCUUCUAACAUCCAGUGGUUUCAAUGGAAGUCAGGAGCCUAAACACCUUGGAGGAUCUGGGCCUAAUUCAUUUCCUUGAUUUGGUUAAAAUCUAUAAAAAGAACCUCCCUUAAAAAUGGUUGUUAAGAUAUCAAACUUAAGUGUUUCAAGGAACUUUCAGUAGGUUUAAAAAACAAAGCAGGCCCACUAGACUUGGGGUACUAUCUCAUUUGGAUCUGAUACUAUAUCAGUGGAAGCAUUUGCAUUUGUCCAUUGAAGAAGAAUUAAAAUGAAAAAUACAACUGACCCAUAAACUAAAGUCCUUACAAGUUUUUGCAGCAUUUUUCUUCUUGUGCAUAAGGCGAAUGGGUAGCAAAUACCUCUAAAUGUUAGUUAAACAAAGUGAAAUUAGGCUGAUUUCACACCAAAUGAGUAAAUUUUGUUACACCUACAGCUAACAGACUGGGAACCUGAAAAAGGCCCAAUUCUGUGACCCUUACACAAAUAGCCCCAUUGAACUCAAUGGGACUGCUUGUGUGAGUAAGGGCUAUUUACUAAGUUUAAAAUGGUAGCCAGCAAAAGAAAGUUGAGCAAACCCUAUGUCAAAAGGAACAGUAAUAUUUAUCUUGUUUGCUUUUUCCAGAUGUGUACACAUCACUUCAGAAAAUCCCUGAGUAGGUUUGCAUAGGCCUGUUCUCCUUUUGUUCUGCUGAUUUGAUUCUUCAAUUAUUUUAAGAGGUGCAUUUCAGAAGGUUUUCUUUAAAAGAGAUGAAUCCACGUGCCCUGUCAAUGAAUGACCAUUUGUUAGGUGCAGUUCAUUCAGCCCUUGAAACUAAAGGCUCAUCGUUUCCAGUGAGGGUUUUGGCUCAGGUCUGUGGAAUAGUUGUAGACAAUAUUCCCAUCCCUCUGUAAUAUAAUUUAAAAGAAUGAUACACAGUAAUCCAUUUUCCUUGUGGUGCACACAUGCAGCUUCCGUUAAUGCUAGAUACUUACAUGUGCAAACUAGGAAUUGAAUAUAUUGGCUAUAAACCCCCAUGUUUCAGGGAUUCUUAUUGGGGGGUCAGGAAUAAAAUUCCUCUUUUGGAAGGUUAUCCUGUAACUGUCUGCUGCAGGGUUUCUUGCACCUUCUUCUGAAGUAUCUGGAGCUAUUGGAUACUAGACUAGUAGGACCUCUGGUCUGAUCCAGUCUGGCAAUUCCUGCAUUUUUAGAAAUUGUACCUCCUAGUCCACUUAGGAGCAAAACUGUCUUUCUUUGAGUAAUGCUGUGAGAUAAAGAUUGAUAAUCAAAAGAAGUUACAUAAAAUUACCCUCUUAAUAUUAGAGUAAUUUCCCGCUGCUCCCAACAAACAUACCCUGUUCACUUCCUCUAGAAAUAUUGGCUGUUAGAAUGACACACAAUGAACAGAGCCUGUUUCAGAGGUUUUAUUUCUUGAAACAAAUGCUGGGGCCACAGUCUGAUCAGUAUUUCAGUCGCGUUGCUACUGUUGGUUCCAUUCUCCCCACUGUAUGUAUAUAAAUCGAUCGACAGCUCUAAGAGUCUGGCUUGGUUGCAGCUCUGCUGUUUGUUCACCACAACUGUAACCCAGGUGCUUGAUUUUUUUUUUUUUUUUUUUUAACCAUGCCGAGGCACUUUUUAUCUAGGCUAUACAAUAUGAUUUCUUAACGCUUGCCAAAAUAUUUAGGAGACAGUAAUUAUGAACCAGAUUAUAACAUCUUUUUUAGUUUAAUUCCUUUUGUUAAAUAUAUGUCCAUAAUGCUCCCCAUAAAAAGAAUAAUUUGUAUAUAAUGUAACUUAAUAACUAAAGGUACUUGAAUUUUGAUUUAUAUAUAUAUAUAUAUAUAUAUAUAUUAAAAGCGGUUUUAUUUGCUGUUCUAUUGUUUAACCCAAUUUUUGUUUUGAUAACCAUUGAAUAAGACAAAAUCUUGUUAAGUCGAUAACUUUUUUGUGUGUUUCCUGCUGCCUGCUUCUGAUGGGACUUUUAUAGAAACUUCUGUUCUGUGUUAAAGUUUGUUACAUCUGGUCAAUAUGAUUGUUCCUUUUCUAUUCUUAUUCUUUAAAGAAAACUCAUCUACUGGGUGAGGGUCUCUCCCCGUAGCUAGCUGUACUAUCAUCUCUUCCUCAAAUAAACAUAUUUUCUCAUUCUU